GCGGASGGGCGAGGCUCCCUGCGCUCCAGCACUCCGCAAUGGCUCGGAGGCAGGACGAGCAGAGGGCGGGAGCGCCCUUGAUGGCGGAAGGCAAGUCCGACGCGGAGGUUAAGCUCAUUCUGUACCACUGGACGCAUUCCUUCAGCUCUCAAAAGGUGCGUUUGGUAAUUGCUGAAAAGGCAUUGAAGUGCGAGGAACAUGAUGUAAGUCUGCCCCUGAGUGAGCACAAUGAGCCUUGGUUUAUGCGUUUGAACUCAACUGGAGAAGUGCCUGUCCUUAUCCACGGGGAAAACAUAAUUUGUGAGGCCACUCAGAUCAUUGAUUAUCUUGAACAGACUUUCCUGGAUGAAAGAACACCCAGGUUAAUGCCUGAUAAAGGAAGCAUGUAUUAUCCACGAGUGCAACAUUACCGAGAGCUUCUGGACUCCUUGCCAAUGGAUGCCUAUACACAUGGCUGCAUUUUACACCCUGAGCUGACCGUGGACUCCAUGAUCCCAGCUUAUGCAACCACAAGGAUUCGCAGCCAAAUUGGUAACACAGAGUCCGAAUUGAAGAAACUUGCUGAAGAAAACCCUGAUUUACAGGAGGCAUACAUCGCCAAACAGAAGCGGCUCAAAUCAAAGCUGCUUGAUCAUGACAAUGUCAAAUACUUGAAGAAAAUUCUUGAUGAGUUGGAGAAGGUCUUGGAUCAGGUUGAAACUGAGUUGCAAAGAAGAAAUGAAGAAACCCCAGAAGAGGGCCACCAGCCUUGGCUCUGCGGAGAAGCCUUUACCCUGGCAGAUGUCUCUCUUGCUGUCACACUGCAUCGAUUGAAGUUCCUGGGUUUUGCAAGGAGGAAUUGGGGAAAUGGAAAGCGACCGAACUUGGAAACCUAUUACGAGCGUGUCUUGAAGAGAAAAACAUUUAACAAGGUUUUGGGACAUGUCAACAAUAUAUUAAUCUCUGCAGUGCUGCCAACAGCAUUCCGGGUGGCCAAGAAAAGGGCCCCAAAAGUUCUUGGCACCACCCUUGUGGUUGGUUUGCUUGCAGGAGUGGGAUAUUUUGCUUUUAUGCUUUUCAGAAAGAGACUUGGAAGCAUGAUAUUAGCGCUUAGACCCAGACCAAAUUAUYUCUAGGUUUGUUGGGAUAUGGAGGUGGCAGCUCAUCCAACCAUUCAGCUAGACCCUUGUCUACUCUUACAGACCCAGUGAGGAAUUGUCCUGGGCAAUUAGUGAAAAGCAUAAUUUACUUUACUCUUUGAGUAGUUUAUGUGGGGAGAGGAGGUUAUGAAAAUGUUUUUGUAGGUUGGUAAUUGAGAUGACUUAUUUGCAAACAUAAGCUAAUUCAUUCUUAAGACAAGUGCAAGGUUAAGAUACGUCAAAUGCUGACAGGUAGGACAAAGACCUUAAAACCAAAAUGCCAUUCAAGUUUUGAAUUCUCUUUUUGGGAGAAGGUUAUUAUGAACAGACAGUAAUAAUAGCCCACGACCACACAUAGCUUUUAAUCUGAGAUUCUCUGAAUAUACUGUGUUGAGUUGUUAAGAGUAUCUUCUCCUGGAACUCAGAAGUCAUCCUUGUUACAGGAGAAACUGGGGAAAUUCUGUACCAACACAUGGGUUCAGACAGCAACAGAGUACAGCACUGCUUCAUCCUGUCCUACUAGCUUCAGGCAGAAAUUAGUGAGGCAAAGGAGAAGGAAAAACAGGAGAAUGAAAUCUGCAUAGUGUACAGCAGUUGAUUCUAAUCUCCGGUUGCUUCCAGUGUCACUUGCAGCUGCCUGUCUCCUUGGUAAACAUCACAUUUAACUUUGUGGCCACCACCCACACAUACAUUCUUGUAAUUAAGAACUCUUGAGAAGAGAAAACUGGGAAGUUGGUGGGUGUUGUAGGUUGGAGAGAACCCCAGACUUUACAUACAUGGCACCUCAUUUGAYCUUGAAUACUUAGGAACACGCUUAUUGAUUUAAUAAGAUUAAGUGAUUAUUUAUAUACAUGAACAUGUUUAUAUACAUUGGAACAUGUCUGUCUAGCCUUUACAUGUCUUUAAGUGAUGUUAAAAUGAUUCCCUAUGAUCCCCAAUUCCGUGGCACCUGUGAGAUAUUACUCCUGUAGACCAUUGUAUCCAGACCUAGGGUCUUGGCCUCUUGGGCCAUCUUUAUGCACAUAAAUGAUAUGUAGAUGAAUGUCCCAGGUAAUCAGUAGCAUGGCAUGCAGAUGGGGAGUGGACAUUUUGAUGAGUGCCAGAUAUGCUCAUUCUUCAUUUGGGAAGGCUGGUGCAUUAACAUUCAGACUGUUGUUUAGGUCUUUUAUCUCUUUAUGAUCAUUGACAAAGCCUUAAGAAAUUGAAGAGAAAGAGAAAUGUAAAGCCUUAAUCCUUGGUAGUUGAUUUAGGGGACAUGAAAUAUAUAGUGAGUGAUACCCACCUGUGUUCAGCCAUGUAUAUCCAGUCACUUUGGGGGAUACCUUAGUCCAUUUAGAAGAGACAGUCCCAGUGUGUCCCAAGAACAACCAUAGAACCUGCAGCAUUGAUAUGUCCAGGAAGGUAGUUUCUCUGGAGCUGGCCAUCAAUGCCUUGGGAGCAGUUUUGGGUGCCUGGUGGGUAGCUUGUGCAGAGAUGAUGAGCUAAGGUUCAUCAUUAUGUUACUCAUAAGUGAUAACAAAAGCUUGUAUGGACUGUCUCAGCGGGGCUGGGCAAGUAGCCAGAGAAUGUACUGUCUUUCAUGAGUAGGAAGUAGACAUACCUGGGGAGCAGUGAGCUUUUGAUGGUAAAGCUCUUCUGUAAUUCCAUUUUGACCUUAUAUUCCAUUCCAUGAUCUAGUUGUAUURGAAAAACUUGACAAACUGGGUAUUUUCAGUUUACAAAAAGUCAAUAAUACCUCCAGAGUGAACUCAGCCCAACAACAGUGCACAUGCGGCUUGUGUAACGUCUUAAUUUUUCACAUCCGUGAUGUCACAUGGGAUGUCUGAAUCUGUCUAUUGCUGGGAUAUUCUAAUCAUUGUGUUCAWAAGAGCCAUAGAAUUGAUUAUUCAGUAGUUCCUGUGUGUCACUCUGUUAGAAAUGAGAAUUGAGACAUACAUAAAAAUGGAGUUUAAUAAAAAUCUGYAACCGACAUUUUCCUGUGAAAGGGUUGUUGAUUAAGAAUAAAUAUUGGAAGCGGGGCUUUUCUUUUAGUAUAUAUUACUGAAUCAUAGGAAUCUACUAGGAAGUGUUUGUAGUUUUCUUAUACAGUAGAGAUACAURUGUCAAUAUUAAAGGUGAGACAUCUAGUAUUCUCACUUGUUUCAUGGAUCUGUUUAAAAACAUUUGUCUAGCUAUGUAAUGACCACUAGAUGUCACUGUUCAUCCAGUGGUCUAAGAUCAGGAGUUCUCUAGUUUCAGCCUUCUGAAAUGUUUCAAGGGAAGAUAAAACACUAAUGACCUUAGUUUUUGAAAUGAGGGCAUCUUCAUCAAGAUUAUUCAUCUGCAAAAAAGCUUGAGGCAAGUCUAAUAUUGAUUUCUAAUGCUUUGUAAGUGAUAAUAGCACAUAAUGUCAAGUUGAUGAACAUAUUAGGUAAAUAGGCACUUUUACAUAUUUUUCAUAAUCAUUGGUUAAUAGCCACUGUGCUUCUCACUUUACAAAAUUUGUAUAAAUAUUAGUAGACAAUGCCUGAGGUACUAAAGUUAUUUGGCUAUUUAUGUCUUAAAACACAGACUAUUUUAUUGUUAUCACAAUUACACGCCUUUUGAAUAUCAAAUACUUGUAAAUUGCUUGCUGGAUUUUUAGUAAUUAUUGUUGUUGACACCAGAAUUCUAAAUCUUUGGUGUUGUUGAAUAUAAUAAAGAGAUCAAGAUGCUAUUCUGCCUAUAAGAUCAAUAAAAGUAAUUG